GAGAGGAAAACUCCCAUGUGUGUUUGAUAUCGUCUGGACUGCUGCCCAUAAAUAGCUCUGCAUGAUACGACAUCUCUGGUUUAUGUAUUAGACAUGGAGCUGGCAUUUGUACUCCUCCUGGCUGUCACAACUGGUAAGCUUAUUUUCUUCAUAGAAAUAAUAUUUUAAGGAUAAUUUGCUCUAAGAAACAAGUUACUUUUCCUGGUUUGGUCUCUUUUUGUGUUAUAGUUUCUGGGUGUGGUGUACCCAGUGUCCAGCCUAACACCGGUCGUGUGGUGAAUGGGGAAGAAGCUCGUCCAUACAGCUGGCCAUGGCAGGUUUCUGUGGAGUCUUUCUUCCCUACUUGUGGAGGAACACUUAUCGCUCCAGACUGGGUCUUGACUGCUGCACAUUGCAUCACGUGAGGCCACAUUUUAUUCAUUCGAACUCCCAAUCACAUUUUUCUCUUUUUUUUUGCACAAGGAUCACAUAUUUCCAGAUUAACAAGACAGAAAUAUGAUAACAAAAAAAUCCAGUGGCUCUUUUUAACUAUAUUAUGUAUUUUUCAUCCACUCCUGUAACUUCAGAGGUUCAUGUUAAGCUUUUUCUUUUUUGAUCCAGAUUCCACUCCUACAGAGUGGUACUUGCAGAGCAUGACAUGAACAAGGAGGAGGGGCCUGAGCAGUUUAUUAUGGUGUCAAAAAUGAUUAUUCAUCCCAAAUGGAACGACAACUGUGUGUCUUGUGGGUAGGUACCUAUGUGUGCGUUCCCAACAUAAUCUAGAGCUCCAGAACUGUUGAAAUAGUAAAGACAGUAAAUGUGUCCUUGAAAUAAGUGCCCACUCUGGCAGUAUGUUGGAUCGCAGCUGAGCAAAUACACAUUUAUGUACAUUAUGUAUAAACACCUUCACCUACAGAAAAACACAGACUCUGUUCACUUGACUUCAAACAAUUUAGUUUAAAUGCCGUGUUUCAUUCUUUUGUGUAGGAAUGACAUUGCCCUGCUUAAACUGGAGAAAAGUGCUGUCAUCAAUGACAAAGUUCAGACAGCUUGUCUGCCUCAGCAGGGCGCUGCUCUUGUCCACAACCAGCCCUGCUACGUCACCGGCUGGGGUCGUCUUAACUGUAAGACCUACAGCAACUAGUGCCCAAAACAAGCCUGUGCACUUUUAUGAAAAUCAAAAUGUUGACAGCUACAGAGAUUUUACAGGCAGAAUUCAAAAUCCUGGUCAAUUUGAUGUGUUCUCAUGCAGCUGGUGGUGCUCGGGCGACUACACUGCAGCAGGCCCUUCUUCCAGUGGUGGAUCACAGCAUCUGCAGUCAAAGCGAUUGGUGGGGAAGCUCAGCAAAGACUACACUGGUCUGUGCAGGAGGAGAGAGCAAGUCAGCAUGCCAUGUGAGGAGGAGCUACCACACAACUUAUGUUCUAUCAAGAUUAAAAAAAAGACAUUUUUCACUGUUUCAUUAUGUGCCAUCAUCUUUCAGGGAGACUCUGGAGGCCCUCUGAACUGUAAGGGCAGAGAUGGUAAAUGGUACGUCGAAGGGGUGACCAGUUUUGUGGAUGGACGAGGUUGUAAUACCCCCAAGAAGCCCACGAUGUUCACCCGUGUAGCUUCUUUCAUCCCCUGGAUAAGUGAGGUGAGGGAAAUUUACAUCAUGAUGACAUCUAGUGGCUCUAAUCAGUACAAAAGAGGAUUAGGGCCACAAGAAGAGAAAAAAUAAUUAAAGGAGGGAACUUUUUUUUAAUUUCCAUUUCGAGAUUAAAGUCGAAAUUUAAAAGUCAAAAUUUCGUCUUUACUUGUGUCGACUUUAAUCUCAAAAUUUAAUUUUUUUUAAUCUCAAAAUUUAAUUUUUUUAAAAUCUCGAAACUUCAAUAUUAUUCAUGACAUUUUGUUGUAUCGAAAUUUUGACUUUCAUCUUGAGAUUCCAGUUUUUAAUCUCAGAAUUUCCACUUUAUUGACAUAAUUUCUCUCUUUUAACCUCCAAAUUUUGACUUAAAUCUCUAAAUUUCCAUUUUAAUCUCCAUCCUGUAAUUAUUUUUUUUCUCUUCAUGUGGCCUUAGCCCUCUUUCGUAAAUCGGUUUGUGAAAGUUACAGAACUAAUCUUGUGUUAUUGCCUUUCAGACCAUGGCCAAAAACUAAAACAAAGUCUCUACAACCCAAGAAGAAAAAGAACAAUAAACUGUUUAAUGAA